CAUUGUUUGGAUACUUUUGAUGCUUUUUGAUUUAUCAUCCUAUUGUUGUUGUCUUCUUGGACUAAACUGUGUCAUUUUUUUCUCUUUGCAGGCAAAUGAUAUACUGAAAUGCCCGGAUGGGUGGACACAAGAUGAUAUUCACUGCUAUAGGUUAUUUAAUAUUAGGCAUUCUUGGAAGAAGGCUGCAGAAAUAUGUGGGAGGUACGGUGGAGAUCUUGUUCUAAUAGGAGAUUAUAGUCAAAAUAAUUUUACUAGUAGAGUUGCUAUAAAGAGCUUAAGAGAUACUGGAGAAGUAUCUUACUGGAUAGGUCUAACGUCCGUUGAUGGCUUAUCUACAAAUACGCUUGAAUCAUCUAGUGGUACUUUUAUUUCUAAAUAUACUGGUUUCUGGGACCAUGAUCAACCUCAACCUCAAAAAGGUGAAUGCGUCCGUGCCAAAAUUAAGGGUGAAUCGCAAGUUUGGGAGCUGGCUCCUUGUGAAACACUUUUACCAUUCAUUUGCCAUUUAAAAGCUUGUCAUAGAGAUUCAUUUCAUUGCAACAAUGGCCACUGCAUUAGUAAAAAGUUUUUAUGUGAUGGAGAAGAUGAUUGUGGCGACCAGUCAGAUGAAACAGAUUGCCCAGCAUCUUGCCAUUUUCAUUUACAAAGCUCUGGAGAUGCUAUUCAGUCGCCUAACUAUCCAAACAGAUACUUUGCUAAUUCAAAUUGUAAAUGGACUCUGGAAGGUCCGAUUGGAACUGGCAUCGUUUUACAGUUUUCUGAUUUUGAUACUGAAUCAAGUUUUGACACAGUUCAAAUUCAAGUCGGCGGUCGAACAGAAGAGAAGAGUGUAUCUCUGGUCACCUUGUCAGGUAAUCAAGACCUGUCAUCAAUGGCUUACACAACUGCUUCGAAUCUCAUGAUAAUUAAAUUUCGAACUGAUGCCUCCGUGGAAAAGAAAGGAUUUAGAGCAAGUUGGAAAACAGAGCCUGUCAGAUGUGGAGGCGAAUUGUUUGCACAACCCUCUGCUCAAGUUCUGACUUCUGCAACUUACCCUCAACCCUAUCCUGGGGGUCUUGAGUGCCUUUACGUCUUAACAGCUCCACCAGGAAAAAUACUUACUCUUGAGAUAAUUGAUAUUGAUUUGGAGCCCGAGAAAGAUUUUAUUCACAUACGAGAUGGAUCUAGUCCAUCUGAUCCUUUACUUGCUAAACUGACUGGUGAAAUUGAAAACAAUCCAAAGUUCAUCUUAUCCACAUCAAACAGGGUGUAUAUCUAUUUCCAUUCAAGUUUUGGUGAUAGUCGACGGGGCUUUGCAAUCAGAUUCAGAGCUGGCUGUGAAAUCGAGGAGGUCGCUUUAGCUGGUAAUUUGUCAUCACCUGCAUACGGUAUCUCUAACUAUCCUUCCAAUCAAGUGUGUUCAUACAGAAUAAGUUUACUUGGUGGUGGACCCGUGUCUCUAAAGUUUGAUGAAUUCCAAGUUGCUGCAGAUGAUUUUGUGCAGGUUUAUGAUGGAGUAUCGGCAGACAAUGGCAUCCGUCUUCAUUCUGGAAAUGGGUUUAGCGGCUUGUCAAAACCUUCCAUUACCAUGACAUCUAGCAGUGGAAAUUUGUUGGUAGUAUUCUCGAGUAACCCUGUCAACACAGCUCGUGGUUGGAAAGCAAGUUUUAGUGCUGAUUGUCCACCGAUAAAUGUUGGUAAAGGAGCUAUAGCUUCAAGUCGUGAGAGAACUUUUGGAGCUAAAGUAAAAUAUUCUUGUCCUAUGGGUCAAGAAUUCAGCUCAGGAGUUUCAGAAAUUGAAAUUGAGUGUCUUCAAAGUGGCCAAUGGAGUGUAUCACAUAUUCCGAAAUGUCAAGAGCGAUACUGUGGUCCUGUUCCUCAAAUUGAUAGUGGAUUUGCUGUUCAAGCAACUAACGUGACUUACAAAGGUGUUGCCACUUAUCAGUGUUACGCCGGUUUUGCCUUCCCAAGUGGAUUACCGACAGAAACAAUACGCUGCACAGAAGAUGGACGAUGGGAAAAACUUCCAGUGUGCUUGGCGUCAUCUUGUCCGUUGUUGUCUGAAACUCCUCACGCAACACAGGUUGUAUUGAACGGUGGAGGACGCAGCUAUGGAACUGUUGUUAGAUUCGAAUGCGAACCAGGAUAUUUCAGAAUAGGUGCACCAGUCCUUUUAUGCAUGACAGACGGUCAUUGGUCGAGUGCUCCACCUCAGUGUGAAAGAGCCCAGUGCCCAAUUCUUCCUGAAAUAGAGAAUGGUUUUGUGGUUGAACCCCAAAGGAACUUUUUCUUCGGAGAUGUGGCUAAAAUACAAUGUCAUAGAGGUUACAGACUUGAGGGUAGUCCUGUAAUAACAUGUGGUCCAGAUCAAAAUUUCACGAACGUUCCUGUAUGCAACGACAUGAAUGAAUGUUCAGCAUCAACUUGUGAUGCUGCAUCUACUGUCUGCACGAACACUGCCGGUGGAUUUUUUUGCAAAUGCAAGGAAGGUUUCGAGCCUAAUUUUGAUUGCAAGCCAGUUGGGGAUUUAGGACUGAGUUCUGGCAUUAUUCCGGACACUAGCAUUAAAGUUUCAGGAGUAGAAGCUGGAUAUGGCAAAAAUAAUGUCAGAUUGGACAGUCCUAUAGGAUGGUGUGGAAACGUACCAAGACCAGGCCAUAAUUGGGUCCAGAUAGAUCUUCGUGCUCCAACUGUUAUCCGUGGAUUCAGGAUACAGACCGUUAUUCGAUCUGACGGAUCUAGUGCUUUCCCAAUAAGCCUACGGAUACACUAUACGGAUGAUCUAACGGAUGCAUUUAAGGUUUACAGUGACCAAGCUGGAAGGCCAAUUCAAUUUAGACCUAAUCCUGAUGGAAGAACGGGAGUUUCUAUGACCUCUUUACAACAACCUCUGGAGGCCAGAUAUGUUCGCAUCGUUGUUAUGGAAUAUGUUGUUGCACCUUGCCUGAAAGUGGAGUUGAUGGGUUGCUCAAGGCAAGAUUGCGUUGAUAUCAAUGAAUGCACGGAGAAGAAUGGUGGAUGUGACCAAAGAUGUAUUAACAGUCCGGGUAGUUUCAAUUGUCUGUGCAAUGUAGGAUUCGAUCUUUACGCUGAAAAUGGAACAUCAGGUUUUACAAUUCCUGAGAGCGAAACGGGAUUAAAAGAUGAUGAUGUGUAUCGUAUUAACAAGACUUGCGUGCCAAAGAUGUGUCAAAAACUGACAGCUCCUGAAAACGGUGCUCUACUGAACACGAAAAAGAUGUUUCAUUAUGGUGAUGUUGUCAAUUUUCUCUGUGAUUUUGCCUUUGUGAUGAAUGGCAAUCCAAUCAUUCUUUGUAUGAGCAAUGGGGCUUGGAAUGGAAGUGUGCCAACUUGUGAAUAUGCACAUUGCGAUAGAUUACCCGACGAUCCUUCUCAAGGUCUUCUUUUUGAGUCGGAAGUGGAAGGGAAAUACAUUCCAUUCUUUGAAAAUGUAACAGUGUCUUGCCAUGAAGUUGGUAUGCCUUUGCGCUCAACUGCUACAGCUGGCUUCAGACAGUGCGUAUUUGAUCCUCAUGAAGGAAUGGUAAGCCAUUGGCUCGCUGGAGCAAGACCAUCUUGCCCAAGAAUCGAUUGCGGUAAACCAGCUGAAACUCCUGGUUCAUCAUAUGGUUUCUACGCAGACACCCGUUACAAAGCAAGUUUCUUCUUUGGCUGCGAAGAGACGUUCACUUUAGCAGGUAAAACAGCAAUGAAUGACAACGUCAUCCGCUGUCAAGAAGAUGGUAUUUGGGAUUUCGGAGAUUUAAGAUGUGAAGGUCCUGUAUGUGAGGAUCCUGGACACCCUCCUGAUGGACUUCAAAUAGCUUCGAGUUACGAGCAAGGAGCAGAAGUACAAUUCUCAUGCUCGCGACCUGGUUAUGAGCCAUACAGCACUGAACCGAUUAAAUGUGAUAAAAAUGCUGAGUGUAAGGUUGUUAGACCUAUUGGAUUAUCCAGUGGAGCCAUACCUGAUUCUGCAAUAAACGCAACAUCUCAAAGACUUAAUUAUGAAGCUAGGAAUAUCCGAUUGAACAGCGCUACUGGGUGGUGUGGGAAAACGGAACCAUUCACCUAUGUGACAGUUGAUUUGGGUCGAACAUUCGUCAUAACGGCUUUGCUAGUUAAAGGUGUGAUAACUAAUGAUGUGGUAGGACGCCCUACUGAAAUUCGUUUCUUCUACAAAGUUCAAGAAUCAGAUAACUUUGUUGUUUACUUUCCGAACUUCAACUUGACCGACAAUGAAGGAAACUUUGGUGCCGUCUCUGUCAUACAGUUACCGUUGAGUGUCAAAGCAAGAUACGUUAUUUUAGGAAUCGUGUCAUACAAUAGGAAUCCAUGCCUAAAGUUCGAGCUGUUAGGAUGUGAGGAAACAAAGCAACCUGUACUUCUAGGAUACCAUUCAGGAUAUCCAGUAUGCAUAGAUAAAGAGCCGCCGCAGUUUAUCAACUGUCCAACAAAACCAAUUGUUGUGACGAGGACGAUAUCUGGCCUACUCCCAGUAAAUUUUUCAGUACCUGUAGCUGUGGACAACUCUGGCUAUAUUGCAAGAUUUGAGGUUCGGCCUCUUGGUUUCUCUUUACCAGCUGUUGUUGUGGAAGAUAUGAGUGUUGAAUAUAUUGCCCAUGAUACGGACGGAAAUGUUGCUUCAUGCGUGGUCAAUAUCACUGUACCAGAUUAUACACCUCCAUUCUUAAGUUGUCCCCAGUCUUAUGUAGUAGAACUCGUAGAAGAACAAGAAAGUUAUGCCGUCAAUUUUAACGACACUCGACGCCUCAUAAACGCCACUGAUGCUUCUGGACCUGUCACCAUAACCUUAUCUCCUGAAACUGCCAUAAUACCUCUAUGGGGAUUUCGCAAUGUCACUGUAACAGCAACGGAUGUGCAUGGAAACUCAGCUUUUUGCCACUUUCAAGUCGCAGUGCAACCUUCCACAUGCGUAGCGUGGUCUCUAAGACCACCUGUUGAUGGGAUUGUCAAUUGUUUGCCAAAUGAAGAAAGAAAUGGAUUUCGCUGUCUUGCCACUUGCGGCACUGGAUUCAGGUUCACUGAUGGCGAGCAAGCCAAAACCUUUUCAUGUGUGAGCGGUCAACAAUGGUCACCGACUAAUAUUGUGCCUGAUUGCGUACCUGAAGAUACAAAUCAAGCAGCAUAUGAUGUAAUGGCUACAGUUGAUUAUUCUUCUGAAGGACCCGUUUCUGCUCAAUGUUUGAAUCAAUACAUCGUAUACCUCCGAUCCCACUAUACUUCAUUAAACCAAGUACUAUCUGAACGUUGCUCAGCUAUAAAUGUGAAAAUGGACAUUACUUUCCACAACACAUCUGUGAGAUUGAAAGCUGAUAAUGAGGUUGUGCUGGCCUAUACAAUUAGAAUCGAUCCUGUUGUACGACAAACAUUGUUAUAUGAUCUGUGUGGAUCGACACUAGGGUUGAUAUUUGACUUAAGUGUACCAAGCACAUCUGCUAUUAUAGAACCUAUAUUAAAUAUUUCGUCAUUGAACUUGGCAAAUCCUCAAUGUCCAGGUUUACAGGCCAUCAGAUCUUCUGUAGCAAGAGGCUUUGCAUGUGAAGAUGGAGAAGUUCUAACCAACAUAGGCGAAGGACAAGUUCCUCGUUGUUUGCAUUGCCCUGCUGGAACACAUGCUUCGAAAAAGAAUGAAUGUUUGUUCUGUCCAAGAGGUUUCUACCAAGAUCUUGUACGCCAAGCCUCGUGUAAACGGUGCCCAGAAGGAAUGUAUACAAGAUACGAAGGCAGUAAAGGUCUCGGUGAAUGCAUACCUGUAUGUGGAUAUGGAACGUAUUCUCCAACUGGUUUGGUUCCUUGCUUGCAAUGUCCUAGCAAUACUUUCAGCUCUUUACCACCAAGAGAAGGUUUCAAGGAAUGCCAAAGAUGUCCAGCAAAUACUCUGACCUAUUCACCUGGCUCUAAAGUUCUAGAUGAUUGCAGAGCUCAGUGCCCAUCGGGAACUUACUCAGAGACAGGAUUAGAACCAUGUGCACCAUGUCCAACGAAUUUCUACCAACCAUUAGAAGGUCAGACAGCUUGUAUCGAAUGUGCAGCAAAUCAUCGAACCUUACGACCAGGAGCACUUAGUCCUGAGGCCUGCAUUCCAGUUCAAUGUAAUGCUCAAACUUGCCAGAAUGGUGGUGUAUGCUUGGUUCAAAGGCAUCUUCCAAAAUGUUACUGCCCAGCUGGAUUUACUGGACAAUUCUGCGAAAUUGACAUAGAUGAGUGUGCAAGCAGGCCUUGUUACAAUGGUGGAACUUGUGUUGAUCUUCCUCAAGGAUACAGAUGUUUAUGCUCAAAUGGUUACACUGGUUUGCAGUGCCAGUUGGAACAGUCUGAAUGUCAGAAUGGCUCUUGCCCAGAAAGAGCCAUGUGUCAAGAUUUACCGGGACAAGGAACAGUUAAUUGUCUCUGCCGCUCUGGUUAUGAAGGACCUUCUUGCAACGUGACAGUUAAUCCUUGCACUUCUGGAGAGAAUCCUUGUCUGGGAGGAGCUACUUGCAAACCUCUAUUGCAGGGGCGUUAUAAAUGCAUUUGUCCUCCUGGCUUAACUGGUCCUUCAUGUGAAAUAAAUAUAGAUGAUUGUGCUGAACAACCGUGCUUACUGGGUGCAAACUGUACAGAUCUAGUAAACGAUUUCACGUGUGACUGUCCUCCUGGAUUUGGUGGGAAAAGAUGUCAAAUGAAAUACAAUCUCUGUGCCUAUGAUCCUUGCGUGAAUGGUAUAUGUGUAGAUCAUUUGUUCUAUUAUAGUUGUAUUUGUAAUCCCGGCUGGGCUGGUCCUUCUUGCGAGGUUGAUAUUGAUGAAUGCAGCAAUAAUCCCUGCUCAAAUGGUGGACAAUGCAUUGACUUGAUCGAUAGCUACAAGUGUCAAUGUGAACCUGGUUUCACUGGUUCAAGAUGCCAGCAUGCUAUUGACGCUUGCGAAGUUAAGCCAUGCCAAAAUGGUGGUACGUGCUUCGAUCUCAUUAAUGGAUUUGCUUGCCAAUGUCGCCCAGGCUACGUUGGUUUGCAAUGUGAAGCUGAAGUUGAUGAAUGCAUAAGUAGUCCUUGCAACCCAAGUGGUACAGAACGCUGCGUUGAUAUGGAUAAUUCUUUCAAAUGUACGUGCAAUCCUGGAUUUACUGGAGAACUGUGUGAGUUUAAUGUCAAUGAAUGUAUGUCCAAUCCUUGUAUGAAUAAUGGCAUUUGCACUGAUACGGUGAACGGAUUUAGAUGCCAGUGUCCACAAGGCUGGUCAGGAGAACGUUGUGAAACUGACAUCGGUGGUUGCAACAAUGAACCUUGCUUGAAUAACGCCAAGUGCAUCGACUUGUUCUUGGACUAUUUCUGCGUAUGUCCUUCUGGCACUGAUGGAAAACGUUGCCAGACCUCACCGGAACGUUGCAUUGGAACUCCUUGCAUGCAUGGAGGAAUAUGUAAUGAUUAUGGAAGCGGUGUCAACUGCACUUGUCCUGCUGAAUUCACUGGGCUUGGAUGUCAACUUGAUUAUGAUGCAUGCGAAGAGAACAUAUGUCAGAAUGGUGCUACUUGCGAGGAUAUGGGUGAACAAUUUAAGUGCAUUUGUCCGCCAGGAUUUACUGGCCAGUAUUGCGAGAACGACAUUCCGGAUUGCUUGCCCAAUUCUUGUCCUCCAACUGCUCAAUGCAUCGAUCUAACAAAUGCUUUCUACUGCAAAUGUCCUUUUAACUUUACUGGAGAAGAUUGCAGAAAACCUAUUAGUAUCGAUUAUGACCUUUACAUAAAUGAUGAGAGCAAAUCAUCAAGCGUUGCACUGGCUGCUCCAUUUGAAUUGGGAACAUCUAGUUUAUCUGUGGCACUAUGGAUUCAAUUCAACAAUCAUGAAUCAGCUGGAGUCUUCUUCACUCUUUACAGUGUUGAAUCAUUGCAUUUGCCAGUUGGAAAAAAGAUUCUCCUUCAAGCUGAUCAAGCAGGUGUUCUAGUAGCUCUGUUUUCUGAUGAUGUACCGGAUACUUUCAUACCCUAUCUAAAAAAUGUGCCGAUCAAUGAUGGACAAUGGCAUCAUUUGGUCAUCAUGUGGGACGGAGAAACCGGAACUGUUUCGUUGAUUACAGAUGCAGCUGUGGCUGGUACAGUGAAUGGAUAUGGAGAAGGUUUAUCUCUACCACAACACGCUUGGGUCAACAUUGGUUCCCCACUAGAUGAACAAAAUCGAGCAACAGCACAAGCUGGAUUCCAUGGAAGAAUUAGCCGAGUGAAUAUUUGGAAUAGGCCAUUGGAUAUAUCCUAUGAAAUUCCGAUACAAUUCCGAAGUUGUAAGAGUGCUCCAGUUUUAUAUAGUGGUCUGUUACUGAGAUGGACAGGCUAUGACAGAGUUGAUGGUACAGUUGAACGUGAAGGACCUGGAACAUGUGGAGAAUAUAUUUGUCCGGUUGGCUUUACUGGCGAUGCUUGUAUAGUUCAAACACAUGAUAAACUCCCGCCAAAACCACUGGAAUGCCCUCAAGACAUAUGGGUUGUUACUCCUAAUAACACGGCCCAAGUUAGUUGGAAGGAACCAUCUUUUACUGAUUCUAUGCAAACUCUAUACGUUAUGGAGCAUAGAGGAAUUACUCCAGGCCAAACUCUUAGUAGAGGAAUUCAUCAAUUAUCAUAUAUUGCCAAAGAUGCAGAGGGCAACACAGCAAAGUGCGACUUCCGCAUUCAUAUUCUAAAGAACUUUUGUCCGAUACCUGCACCUCCAGUGAACGGACAAAGGCACUGCUCAGAUUGGGGUCCAAAUGGAAGAUUUAAAGUCUGUACUAUUAAUUGUAAUUCAGGAUUAGAAUUUUCUCAACCUGUCGCCAAAUUCUAUACUUGUGGAGCUGAAGGGAUCUGGCAUCCACCAUCUGGUCAUGGAUCUAACUUAGUUUUCCCAGCAUGCUCGGCCAAGAAACCAGCACAAAAAAUAUUCAAGAUUGGCAUGAAUUUCCCCUCUUCUGUCGUCUGCUCUGAAUCUGGCAAAAAAAUUCUACGCUCGAGAAUUGAGAACAACUUGCAACGUGUGAAUCGGGAAUGGAGAAUAUGCUCUGAUAACGUUCCAGGAGUUUGCAAUGGUCUGAAAGUUAAAGUCAAUUGUAAACAAGCAAGAGUGCGUAGACAGCUUGAAAACAAUGAACUUUAUGUCGUCGAAAUAUCUUUCCCAGCAAAUAAAGAUCCUAUUGUGAAUAUUAACACCCAGCAGAAAUCCACGGUACAGAAAGUUCUUGAAUCGGCCAUCCUUCAGAAUCAAGCUUUUGACAUCCAUGAUACACUCCCAAAUGUUUUGCCGGAUCUUACAUCUCUGAAUAUGAUCACUGAUUACAGCUGUCCUGCUGGUGAAGUGGUGGUCGCUCCAUAUUGCGUGGAAUGUGGUUUAGGUGCUUAUUAUGACAAUUCUAGUCGAAGCUGUCUUUCUUGUCCGAUUGGCACUUACCAAGAUGAUACAGGUCAUCUGACUUGUAAGCCGUGUCCUAACAUUGGAGAAAAACAAGGGGUCACGGAAUCAAUUGGUGCUCGAUCUAUAGAUGAAUGCAAAGAACGUUGUAUGCCUGGCACGUAUUAUGAUGAUUCUCUGAAUCUCUGCCGCCCUUGUGGACAUGGAUUCUUCCAACCAAAUGAAGGUUCAUUUAGUUGCAUGUCUUGUGGAUCUGAUUUAACAACGAAAAGUAACAAAGCAAUAUCUAGUCAAGAAUGUAGAGAGGAAUGUUCCGCUGGAUUCCAACUUACCAAAGAUGGAAGUUGUGAGUCUUGUAUGAGAGGAUUCUUCAGACCGAAAGGAGCCCCAUCCUGCAUGAAAUGUCCUUUGAAACGAACAACUCCAUCUAUCAGCGCCAAGUCUGAAGCAGAAUGCUCGGAAGAACUAUGCAGUCCAGGACAAUACAUGGACAGCAACAAGCACUGCGUGGAAUGCCCUAAAGGAAGUUACAUGGAUCAUGAACAGCAGGAGUCAGAAUGCAGACCUUGCCCACAAGACACGACCACUCCAUCGAAAGGAGCAACCUCCGAAUCAGACUGCACAAACCCAUGUCUUGUUGAUGGACAACUACGCCUGUGCCAAGCAAAUGCAUUCUGUGUUUUUAGAGAAGACACAGACUCUUUUGCCUGUGAAUGCCAACCUAAAUAUCGACUUGAAAAUAGAACUGGAGAAUGUGUUUCGGUAUGCGAGGGCUAUUGUGUGAACGGAGCUACUUGUGAGGUCAACGCAGAAACACAUGAACCCAUGUGCCACUGUGUUACCAAUUUCCAUGGCAACAGAUGUGAAAGCAAGGCUGAGUUCGUUUACAUCGCCGGCGGUAUAGCUGGAGCAGUCAUAUUCAUAAUUCUUUUGGUACUUCUUAUAUGGAUGAUUUGUGUUAGGUCUACUGCACGUAAAAACUUGCCAAAGAAAAUGCCAGAGCCAGCAAUAGAUUUAAGUAGCUCUCAAACAAACUUUUACUAUGGAGCUCCUCAACCAUAUGCUGAGAGCAUUGCACCGUCUCACCAUAGCACUUAUGCUCAUUAUUAUGAUGAUGACGAUGAUGGCUGGGAAAUGCCGAACUUCUAUAAUGAAACUUACAUGAAAGAUAGUUUGCAUCACGGGAAAGGAGGGAAUAGUUUAGCGCGUAGUACAGCUUCAAUAUAUGGAAACAAAGAUGAUUUGUACGAUAGGCUACGAAGGCAUCAGUACCAAGGAAAAAAGGAUAGUGAUGACGAAGAUCAAGGAUAAAGAAUAUACAUUUUAAAUGAACAAUUAUACAUCAGAGUUUAUGUUAUGAAAACUAAAAAAUAAUAAUUUUUAUCGCCAGUGAUCAAAGUUAAAAUACAUUUAACACAGAGCACAAAUGUUUUUAUAAAUUUAAAAAUAUUUUUUUAAUAUAUAUAAAUAUAUAUAUAUUUAGCAACAGCUAUCAAAUUAUUUUGCUGAAAUUUAAGUACAUUUAAAAUAUAUAUAUAUAUAAUUCAUCACUUCAUUCAUAUAAUUUAAUGCUUUUCAUGCGACUAUUGUAUAUAGAGCUCAAUCAUCAUCAUCAAGUAUGUGUUUUUUAUUUAUUCAUUUUGAAGUACACGUUUUAGUAUAAAUAUGUUGAAUCUUCAACAAAUUGUAAACAUUUCUGAAAAUGUUUCAUUGCUUAUUACUAUUAAUUUAUUACUAGACUUAAAUCAUGCAGCUAAAUACAGCUGGGCGAUGUACUGUGAAUUAUUGAUGCUUAUAAAAUUUCCAAAGUUAGAUUAUAUAAAGAGAUAUCAUGAAUCUAAGACCAAGAUUACAGAGAUUAUCAUUGACCACAAUGAAUAUCAAAAUAUUGUGAGAAUCGCCAACCUACUCUCCAACAUUUGCAGUUUCUGCAAAAUAUUUUUUAUAGUGAGAUAAAAUAAAAAUUGUUAAUACAAAUAGAAUUUUUAUAAAAAUUUAAUAACAUCAUGAAAUGACUAUUGGAAUAUCUGGCUUUAAAUAUAUCAGUUUCAAUUAUUUAUGGGCAGGUUGUAGCCUGAAUUCUUUUGAUCAUAAUUUAUUAAUAUGCUAAUAUAUUACCUUUAUCAUAAAAAUUUUUUUCUUCUUGAAACUACGAAAAUUCUGUAUUAUGUAGUAUGAUAGGAUUACUAAUAAUGAUUAUAUCACGAUCAGUAUCAACAGAAUUAAUCUAGAAUACAUAACAAGUAAUGUUGAAAAUUAUUGAAUACUAUAUUGUCGGUAGGGAUGACAAAUUUCUUUUAAGCACGAGAAUAUUAUAAUAAAAAUAAUGUAAAUUACUAAAACUGAAAAUAUAUUGUGAUAUAUCAUGAAAUAUUGAGAUAUCUGAGCUAUAUAUUGUGAAACUAAAAUUCCAACAUUGCCCAGCACUAUUGUGUAAAAACCAAGCUCAAAGUGACAUUAUUUGUAACUUUUCACAUUACAUUAUAUGAUUUGUAAUUAGAAGAUUAACUUAUUCUAAGUAUGAUUGUAAUGUACACUUUCAGGUCAAUUCUCUGAUCAUAAGAAAUUUCAGUGACAAGUGCCAUUAAAAUGAUAUUGUGCAUUUGAAAUUCCCUGUGUUUUUCAUAUUGAAGAUUACUGAAAUUUCUUUUAAUCUUGUCAGGGAAUUGAUCAAAUACUUCAUCCAAGUAUGAAUGUAAUAUGUAUAACUUAAAGUUGAUAUGUACUAAAAGACUAACUUCAAGAGAAGAUUUUAAAGGCAUGGAAGCUAGUCAAUUCAGCAACAAGCUUCUAGAUGUUAACUAGAAGCCUGGAUGAUCUAUAUUAUUGAAAAAAAGUCAUAAGUAAUAAUAAAUUAGUGUUGUCUUUUAAA